AUGAUAGUAAAAGUUUUUGAUAAAAUAUUUAUAAGUAAUAUAUAUGAUGCAAAUAAUGUAUACAAAUUAAUUAAUCUUAACAUAGGAGCUGUAUUGACAUGCUUUGAAUGUAAUGGAAUUGAAUGGUGUAACCAUCAUGAAAAUGAUAAAAGUAACUUAUUAUUUUAUAAAGACAGAUUGAUAAAAUGUAAAGGAGAAGUACCAGAAGAAAUAAACUCCACAAAUUCAUUUAAUAGCAAUAUGUUAUCUUUAAAUAAUAUAAUUGACAAUAAUGAUAAAACAAUAAAUAUUCCUAAAACUAUAUUAAAUGAAGAAUUUGAACAUUGUGAUAAUAUAAUUUUUCCACAAGAAAUAUUAAAUGAAAAAUUGGAAAAUAAUGUAAUUAAAGAUUACAUAAAUUCAAUGAUUGAAAUAGAAAAUGAUGUUGGUAUUUAUUGUUUCAAAAAUAGUGAAUCAAACUUAAAAGAAUUAAUUAAUUUGAAAACACAUGAAGAGGAACUAAACAAUAAUUCGGAAUACAAUGAAAAUGAGAAUGAAAAUAUUUACACACAUAAUAUAGCAAAUGCUCAAACAGUUUGUGAAAUGAAUAAAACUAUGAGAAAAAAUUUUAGCAUUUCAUAUAAUAAUAUAUAUAAAAUGAAACAUAUGUAUUUAAAUAUAUUAGACACAUAUGACGAAAAUAUAUUAAACCAUAUAGAAAAAGCACAUGAAUUUAUAGAUAACACAAUUAAUGAAAAUAAAAAUAUUUUAAUUCAUUGUAUGGCCGGAAUUUCUCGAUGCUCCUCUAUAAUAUUAUCAUAUGUUUCCCGAAAAAAUAAAAAAGGAAUUAACCACAAUUUUUCAAUACUUAAAAGUCGAUACCCAUUUGCUCAUCCAAACGAUAAUUUUUAUCGACAACUUUUGUUAUAUGAAAAAAUGAACUAUAAUCUUGAUGGAUGUAAUGAAUAUCACAAUAUAUAUAAAAAAAUUAAGUUAAACAAUAAAUUUCUUGAAGAUUUAAAAUUUUGUAAUUUAAAUAACAACAAAGCUCCUACCUGUAAAUACAGUUGCAAAUUUUGCAGACGCAUCUUAUUCAAUAAUAACGACAUAAUUGACCAUGAUACAACUAAACAUCAAAUAAAAAAGAAGUAUGGAGAUUCCUGUACAAGCAUUUUUAUAGAAAAAAAGGAAUGGAUAAUGACAGAUAAUAAAAUGAAAGGCAUUAUAUACUGUCCUAACACUAGUUGCAAUACCAAACUUGGAAAAUGGUCAUGGACUGGAAUAUGCUGUUCAUGUGGAUACUUGCAAAUACCUGCAUUUAUGUUCAAUGACUCUAAUAUUGAUCGUAUAAAAAUUAACAUAAAUUAA